GCAGGGCAAUAAUGUGCAGUCCACAGGUGUUUUCAUAGUCAUUGGCUCUCCUCUAGAUGCGAGCAUUGCUAGGCAAUGAGUGCCUGAAUAUCAGGGCGCAGCACGGAGGAUAAACAUGGCAUCCCAUCCUACAAUAAAAGCUGGCCCCGUCCAGCCCACGCCAAUGCCCCUCAUCCCUGACGACCCGAGUUCUACGUCGCACCAUAAUCUCUCAUCUCCACCAGAGCGCCUGGUCACCAGAAGCACUCCAUCAUCCACUGUACAUAGUAGGGAAGCAUCCGCUGUUCGAGGACGAGCACCCGACCCCUCCGCACUAGCCCCUGCGACCCUACAACCUCAGAAUAAUCGUCGGUGCCAGUCUCACUCCAAAAGUCCUGAAACAUCUUCGGUGCGUCCUAGCGCUGGAUACGAUGCUCCCUUGGAACGCAGGCCGUCCAACUCGUACGGGCACCACCGGCAGACUUCGAUCGUCCAUGGAAUCCAGCACUCUCGAAAUACUAGUUUUGCCGCGUCGUCCACUUCCACGAGUCCUCUGAGCCCGGAAAUAAUUGCGACUCUUAGUCGAUCCGGUGCCGCUGAGCCGGAGGCUUCGGUUGGACUUGGGCGAUUGGAACAGUCCGAUAUGCACUCGAAUCUUCAGGCCCCGGCAGGGAAUGGGGCAAACCACACGUUACAAGGAAUGCUGAGUACUAUUGAGGACCGGGAUACUGACGAGGUACCCGACGGUACCAGUCCAGUAAACCCGGCACAUAGAAGGAUGAACUCUGCUGGGAAGCCAUGGCGAGAACGCUCCCAUAGCCGUUCGCACUCGAAGCAUCUCGCGGAGUCCAAGACUGUGGGCGAAUAUGCCCUGCACCACCUUUUCAAUUCUUUUGUUGGACAAGCGGAUAACAAGAUAAACCAAGCGAUCACGAAGUUGGGUGAAUCAGACGCCCCGGUGGAAGAAGUGUGUGGUCCUGGUGCGGACCCGAAUUUCGAUCAAUUGAUAUCGGCCCUCGGUCACAUCGCGCGUCAAAAGCCCAAGCCCUUGAUCGACACUAUCAUGUUCUGGCGAAAAGCGAAAGGCGAUGCUGUUCUGAUAGCCAAGCAAGCUGCGAGUCAGCCGAAAACAUCUGCAGAAAACGGGUUACUCAUUCGUCGCAACACGGAGCCAACCCAGGUAGUUACAGAAUCGGCUACUCAACAUACGCCAAACUCCCUCCUCUCGCGACACGACGAUAUCAUUCUGACUGAACGCCGCGCCACAGUGUCUGUCUACCUCGUUUGCAGGGUCCUGAUAGAGAUUUUCAAUCAAAGCAGUCUCGAAUCGAUAACAUUGGACAUGGCUGAGCGUUUGGAAGACAUCGUGUUUGGGCAACUUAAGACGGUCGACCCAGAACAGAUCUCAGCGUCACCGCUUCGUAUGGCAAAUUGGAGGAUCUAUUCUCAACUACUUGGAAUCAUGAGUGAAGAGAAGUUUACAAGCGUUGCAAACCGGUUCCUAGCAGAGCUUGAACGGUACCAGAAGGAGGAAAGCAUCCGAGGGCCAUCGAAAGAAGGGGACGCCAAAUCAGAGCUUUUGAUUUCGGGGAUGAAGCACAUUCGAAUUAGGUCCACUCCCGAUAAGUGGCCCAAGGCAUGCGAAUUUAUGCGGUCCUUGGCCCGUUUGUUUGUGAACUCCCAUGGCCAGCGUAUCAAACAGACCUAUUGCAAUAUCUUUGAAAGGAUGCUUUUACCCAUUGCGGCUAAUCCUAAUUGCGACCUCACUUUGCCUAAGUGGAAGGAAUUCCUCGACUUGCUCCAUUCUCGCCUUCCACAUAUGCUGACGAAACCUCGUCAUUGGGCCGCAGCCUUCCCCCUUCAUGUCCUGCUCUUGUGCCUAUCUACAAAGGAGAGUUUCUCGUCUCAGUGGCUGUCGGUGAUCCAAUCUCUCCCGGCUAAAUUGAAGGAUCGUCCCACCCGAGGACCAUCCCUCCAAGCCAUGUGUCGCCUUAUGUGGACCUAUUUUUUCCGAUACUCGGAUUCUCCGACAGUGACUCUUCGAAAGAUUGAGGAGGUGGCCCGCAUAGCACUGCCCGCGGGAAAGAGGACAUACCUAAGUAGUGAUCCAGCAGUGGCCGAACCUUUGAUUCAAUUAAUACGCAUGAUUGGAUUUAAGCACCCAGAUGUAUGCUUCCGCACUAUUAUCUUCCCAAUGAUUAAUUCCGACUACUUCACGUCUUCCGGCAAGGAUAUGAAGAUAGAGCAGAUGGAACCGGAGAAGAUGGUGAUUGGGAUUAGAUCUUUUCUUGCGAUCGUGACGGACCUUGAGAACUGCGAUCAACUAUGUCCUCCCUUCCCCACCGGCUCGAUCCCCAACCCCUUUACCGACCCUUCAGCUUCAGCCCACUUGUUUCGUUCUCAAUAUUUGGUAGAUCCUCGCCUACCUGGCAACCUGGAGACGACGGAUCAAGCAUCGUCACAGCCUGUUAAUACGUCAAGACUCAGCGAUAAUGUCAGGGACCAUUAUAUCCGUUUCUGUGAGAUAUUGGGCAAUAUCACGAUCUUGUGUGAUAAUACCUUUGGAGGCCAGGCCACUUUGGAUGAGAAAUUUGGCGGAGUCACCCCCAAGACCCCGAUUACAGAGGCUUUCAGCUUUGGAAGACGCGAUGACCAUCUCAGCGCGCUAGAUCAGAGGCAGAGUUUCUAUGACCUGCUCCAUGUUGCGGUACAAGCACUUCCCAGGUGUCUCUCCGACCAUAUUCCCUUCAAUUCCUUGAUCAAUCUGUUGUGUACGGGGACUGCUCACGUUCAGUCGAACAUCGCAUUUUCAUCCGCCGAGUCCUUGAAGGCAAUCGCGCGCCAGUCUCAUGCUCAACAAGUGACCAUAGGUUUCGCGAGGUUUAUCUUCAACUUUGAUGCUAGGUACUCUACUAUGUCCGAUGAGGGAAUGCUUGGUCCUGGCCACAUUGAGUCCACCCUGAGACUCUACGUUGAGCUGUUGAGGAUAUGGAUACAGGAAAUCAAGCAAAAGACCAAGUGCGCUACAACUGACUCUGGGGAGAAAACUGGCUCUGGAAGUAGAGCACUGCAGCUCGACCUUUCCACUAUCCUAGCACAUGUUGAAGAGAUUGAGUCUCACGGCCUAUUUUUCUUAUGCUCACAAUCACGAAGGGUACGAGCCUUCGCGAUUACAGUGCUUCGACUUAUUACCGAAUUCGAUAGCGCUUUAGGCAAAGAAAACACAAGAAUCAUCCGGAUCCUUGAAGCCGACUCCCAGCAAAUCUUAGAUGUUAAUGACGAACAGCUCACUGUAGCCGAAAGAAGUCGAAUUCAGAAGGGCAAGAGAAGAAGUGCUUCCCACAACACUUUGACCGAGCUCUGCAGCAGCGAGGUUUCAUAUGAUUCAACACUAUGGUCAAAGGUUUUUCCAAACAUUAUUCGCAUCAGUUUUGAGACGUGUCCUUUUGCUGUCACCCUUGGGCGUGAAAUCGUGUGUGCGCGUCUCGUCCACAUGCACAAAGCCAUCACUGCGCUUGCCGAAAGUCCCCAACAUCCUCAUUAUGCCCCAAUUGAUGCUGCGCAGGCCCGCGCAUUGGGCAGAAAUAACAUGACUGCGGAGAUUUUGGUUGAACAGUGGAAAUUAUACUUGGUUAUGGCAUGCACGACUCUCAACAGUGUUGGCGCGCAGUCUCAAAGUCAAUUAGCUAAUGCCCAACAUGCGCGGAAGGCUUCAAAAGGUUCUCAACAGUCCCAAGAUAAGAUAGGAUCCGCGAGAAGUCUCUUCGCGUUUGUGAUCCCGCUGCUGUCUGCCGAACGGUCCUCAAUCCGAAAUGCGAUUGUAGUCGCGUUGGGCUCCAUUAAUAAGAAUCUUUAUCGAACGCUGCUGGAGUCAUUGCAGUACGCCGUCACCACCUGCAAUGAGGAGGCCAAGAUUCGUAUAGGCACGCAUUAUCGAACACCAAGUAGCCCGCGGCGCAGUCGAAAAACAGACAGAUUACGGACGGAGGUGACACAUGUCUACAAGCUCACAUCGAAGUUCUUGAAAGAACCCGAGGUAUAUAAUGACGACUGGAUCGUCAAUAAUCUCGUCACCUACACUAAAGAUCUCCGGAUAUUUUUGAGUGAUGCAGAAGUUCAGAAUGAUUGGGAAUUCCAACGCUUACGUUUCCACUAUUGCGGCCUUAUGGAAGAGUUGUUCGAAGGCGUUAACCGCACCAAGGACCCUUCUCGGUGGAUUUCCUUCGAGUCCCGUAAAUCUGCUUUCUCACUGAUGGAGGAUUGGUGUGGGUAUUCUCCAAAUCAAACCCAGAUUUCCCAAAGAGAAGAUAAUAUGCGAAAGCUUGCUAUGGCUCGGCGCCAAGAGUCCGGAGGAGAGUUACGAAAUACCGCCGCUGCCAUGGAAAUAGAGAAGAAAAACCUCCGAGCGGCGGCCCUUGGCGCAAUGACAUCUCUCUGUGCCGGGCCUAUCAGUAUUACUACAGAAAGUGGCUCCGUUCUUCAGUUCGAUGUUGGACGGAUGCUCUCAUGGAUCGAUACCAUUUUCAAUACGGUUAGCGAUAAAUGGCAUACGAUUGGCCGACGGGCACUCAAGAACGUGAUCAUUCACAAUAAGGAACAUUCGUACCUGUUAGAACGAUCGAUUGAGAUGUGCUAUGUCACCGAGCGACCGAAGGCCUUAGAAAGUUACUUUGAAGUGGUGACUGAAGUCCUCAUUGAGCACACCGACUACCCUCUCGGCUUCUGGAGGAUUUUAGGAGCCGUUCUGGUGACCCUAGGCAGUUCUAAACGGGAGAUCAGGAUGAAAUCCGCCAAGCUCCUUCGAAUCCUGGAAGAGCGCCAACAAAAGAACUCUCGCCUCCAAGAUUUUGACAUCAGCAUAUCCGACAAGACUACCGCCGUCUACAAACUGGCACAAUUCGAGACAUCCAAGCGCCUUGCACAGCAGCACUCCGACUUAUCCUUCACUCUUUUUUCUGAGUUUUCUUUGCAUUUUCGGAAUUUGCAGCCCGACAGCCAACGCAAUAUGGUGGCAGCAAUUCUUCCUUGGGUACAGACAAUAGAGCUCCAGGUCGAUCCUAAUGGUGGCCCAACAGCUAAAUCAUACAUGCUCCUAGCCAACCUCUUUGAGAUCACGAUAAGAUCUAGCACCAUUCUCCCGAACGAAGUUCAAGCUCUUUGGCAGGCGCUGGCCACCGGGCCCCAUGGGGGAAAUGUCCAGUUAGUACUUGAUUUUAUAAUCAGCCUUUGCCUGGAACGUAAGGAGCAGAACUUUGUGGAAUGUGCGAAGCAGGUUGUUGUAUUUCUGUCGGGAACUCCGGCUGGAUCGAAAGUCAUCGAAUUCUUCCUUAUGCAAGUUAUUCCCAAAAAUAUGGUCCAAGAACGGAAAGAUAUCACUCCGGCCCCGCCUGAUGUUAAAAGUCUGCCUUAUGUUGCUGAUCUGGGAGCCGUUCUCCCGGUUGGUAACAAGCAGGCUGGCCUCUCUCUUGGCCAGGUGGCACUCAUCUUUCUCGUGGACUUGAUGGUUGCGCCUGUUACACUCACCCUCGAAGAUGUUGUGAAGUUGCUGCAUGUUGUUCUCAUUCUUUGGGACCAUUACACACUGACUGUGCAGGAGCAAGCCAGGGAAAUGCUUGUCCAUCUGAUUCAUGAACUGAUCGCUGCCAAGAUAGAGGACAAUGAACCUGCUGGGAGCCGUCAGUCUAUUGAGGACUUUGUGGAGUCCAUCCGCAAAAGCGAUCCUAAAGUUGUUUGGGAGUAUGAGGAUAAUAAGGAUAAGGAAGACAACGAUGACGACAGCCGCGUUCCCACAUCGAUGUCCAGUGUCACUCAUAGAGUCGUUGAUUUCUUUAGCUUUGCCUAUGAAGGUAUAAACGAUCUAUGGGCGAAGGAAGCGCUGAACUGGGCGACCUCCUGCCCAGUACGACACCUUGCCUGUCGCUCAUUUCAGGUAUUUCGCUGUAUAUCAACAUCCUUGGAUUCUAGAAUGCUUGCCGAUAUGCUAGCCCGACUCUCAAACACCAUUGCAGAUGAGGAGGCGGAUUAUAGAACCUUCUCCAUGGAGAUCCUGACAACACUGAAGAUUAUCAUUAGCUCUUUAGCGCCAGCGGACUUGUUGCGUUACCCACAGUUAUUCUGGACUACUUCCGCGUGCCUAAACACUAUACAUGAAACGGAAUUCAUAGAAAGUAUUGGCAUGCUUGAGAAGUUCUUGGACAGGAUGGAUAUGAGUGACCCCAUGGUUGUCACUGAACUUAUCAAGGGCCAGCCGCCUAAAUGGGAAGGCGGCUUUGAUGGUAUUCAAAACGUGGUCUACAAGGGGCUCAAGUCGUCCCAGUCGCUCAACCGGACACUGGAUGUUUUGCACCGUCUGAGCGCGCUUCCAAACAAUGAGUUGAUUGGUGACGGCAGUCGUCUGCUCUUCACUAUUCUGGCAAACCUGUCUCAUUUCCUUCGUCAAUUUGAUCCAGCGGUGGAGGACCCGAAAACACUUGCUCGCGCUACCUUAUUAGCACGCGUGGCUGAAGGGGAGGGAUGUCCUCGUCUUGCUGCUUCGCUGCUUGGAUUUGCGAACGGACAAUACAAGGCAGAGAAUGACUUCCUCAACCACAUUAUCACGGAGAUCCGGGCGUACUAUUUCCCCCAGCAAGAUGUUCAGAGCUUGAUUUUUCUCAUGGGAUUGCUGACCAACGCGACCGAUUGGUUCCGCAUCAAAAUUAUGAAGAUUCUAUGCGUCGUCAUUCCAGACAUCGACAUGCGACGCGCGGAAGUAAGCUGUCAUGGCCCCGAUUUGAUAUCUCCGCUUCUCCGCCUUCUCCAAACCGACCUCUGCCCGCAGGCUCUGCAAGUUAUGGAUCAUAUCAUGACUGUCUCUGGCAAUCCCAUGGAGCGUCACCACCUCCGCAUGAGUAUGGCAUCCUCAUCUUCAUCACGGGCUAUCCGAAAAGAAUACGAACGCAUUCAAAGCCUUUAUGGCAUCCCAGAGCCCACGGGGUGGUCUAUUCCGAUGCCGGCUGCCCAGUCAGGUGUUACACGACAUAACGUUCAUGCUGUGUUUUACACUUGUGCAGAAGUGGACCGCAUGGAGGCGCAGGAGACUGCCACGUCUGAUGUAGAAUUCCGCGCAGAUGAAUACAAUGACGCCUUCUUCCCUAUGCGGGCCGACACGAUGAAAUCAAUCGAUACCCAAACCGACGGCAACAUCGGUGACAUUGUGCAGAAGCUGGACAGCCUCGACGACUUUUUCGAGGAAACUGAAAUCUCCCACCCGACCCUAGACCCUAUGCCAGACUCAGCCCUGCGAGGGUUUACUGGCAGCUAUGCUGAUACCAAUGCCAGUCUUUACGACCAGCAAACCGCGCCUAUUUUGCGAAAAUCUUUAGCCCGCACUGCUUCGACCUCAUCUUUCCAUAAUGGUCUGGCCGAGUCUCGCCCCUCCAAUUUGCGUUUUGACAGCGUUAGUGGCCAUUCUGCAGGCGCUUCAACCCCCUAUUUGUCUACACACUCGCUGCGCCCCGUUUCCCACACCCGAUCUGUGACAUCACCGGUUAACCAUGUCAUUUCUCCAACCGCAUCGAGUAUACAGUUUGGAACCCCACCCAUUGGUAUCCACGAACCCGCCUUUUUGUCCGACGAUGAAGUGGACGACAGUCUCUACGACUUCGAUGGGCGCUUGACGACCAGCAAGCAAUCUGUUGUUCCCCACGUGGUUAGUCAAUCCCGUAGCCCGAUGGACUCGUCUUCAUCGCUUGAGUCUAUGAUACGAAGCGGCAUGAGGCGGCUUACCGGUGGCACGGCUACGAGUCGAGAGAAGGAACGGCAGCGUGAAUUGAUUCGAGCUCAACACCGGGCGAUGGCAAGCUCCCCGCGCGUCCCCAAAGUGCCACCGGAGUACCUGGUGGGGUCGGCUAGUAAUCCUACCUCACCCGGAUCGUGAUGAAUAGUGGUCGACGACGCUCUCUACUCACCCCCUGCUUUGCCCUUCCCUUUUUGCUCUUUUUGAAACUCAUUUGCAAUCUUUCCAAUUAGCGGCUGGUGCAAUAUUGUGGCGUUGCAAGGCAAUCUGAUACCUUGAAUAAUUUAUACAUAGUUUCAUACCCGGGUUGUGUCCCAGCUCCUAUAAGAUGGGGUGAGGAUGUUCAUUGCCGUAAUUAGAAUAGACAAAUGUAUAUUAACGGCCUUUUAGCUGGGGACUCGGUCUGUAUAUAUAUAUCUAUAUAUAUCUAUAUUUAUUUACUAGCC